AUGACUACCAUUACUUAUUUAGGAAUUAUAAUCUUCCUAUCCUUAUCCUUAUGGAUUAUCUACGGUGCCACAUAUCGUCUCUAUUUAAGUCCUAUUGCCAAGUUUCCAGGACCAAAACUUGCCGCUUUGACGUUGUGGUAUGAGUUCUACUUCAAUGUCAUACGUGAUGGACAAUGGCUUUGGGAAAUCAAACGAAUGCACGAAGAGUAUGGCCCAAUAGUGCGCAUCAAUCCUUAUGAAUUGCAUAUUGAUGAUCCGGAGUAUUAUGAUGAACUCUAUGCGGGAAAUACGAAAAAACGUGAAAAGUAUCUAUGGUUCGCCCGCUCGACUGGUUCUCAGGGAAGCAGCUUCGAGACUAUAGGGCAUGACCACCAUCGCAUUCGAAGAAAUGCCGUCAACCCUUUCUUUUCCAAGCGAUCAAUUGUUGCUAUGGAGCCUCUUAUUAAAUCGAAAAUCAGCUUGUUGUCUAAUAUAUUUCACUCGCAUUUCGCGAAUCAGGCUCCUGUCAACCUCCGAGUCGUGUUCUCUUCCCUCACUUUAGACGUUAUUUCAGAUUAUUGUUAUGGAGAAGCUUUCGGCGCUCUGACUGACAAAAGGCUGGCUGAAAUUUGGAGUAAUACUCUUUCCCAGGUUAUGUCUACAACGACAAUCGUUAUGCACCUCCCUAUAAUACCCAAGAUUUUGUCUUGCUUACCAGACAAAAAAACCCUUAGUCGACUGGCUGAUGAGGGAAAUAUUCUGAUCGGAGCUGGAGGUGAGACAACGGCUCAGACUUUGGCCGUAUUGUUUUAUCACCUUCUGGAUAAUCCAAAAAUGAUAUCAAGAAUCAAGGAUGAGCUUGGCACCUUGGAUGAAGACAUUACCUGGAAACGAUUGGAGAAGUUACCGUUCCUGUCGGCGGCUAUAACCGAAGCAUUACGACUUUCAGGUGUAACCUCACGCCUCCCUCGGAUCGCACCGAAUGAAGAUAUGAAGUUUCAACAAUGGACAAUUCCUGCCGGUACACCAACAAGCAUGUCCUACUACUUCCUCCAUCACUCUCCAGAAAUCUUCCCCUCCCCUGAAACAUUUGACCCCACUCGAUGGAUCUCAGAUUCGAGCUCAAAUGGUUCAACCACAGGAGAUGCUUCGCGAAAACAUAGACUGGACAAGUAUUUUGUACCUUUUGGCAAGGGGACGAGAAAUUGUCUUGGUAUCAAUCUCGCAUAUGCAGAAUUAUUCCUCACAACCGCGUACAUUCUCAAGCGCUUUGAUUUCGAGCUUUAUGGAACUACAAAGAAAGAUGUGGAAAUCAAGAGGGAUCAUUUUGUCGGAGCGCCAGCCGCGGGAAGCAAAGGUAUCAGGGUGAUAGUAAAGGACGAUAAGGGGGAGUAA